AAGCGACCCUUGCGCUGCUAUAUCCACACUUAACCGCGAUAUACGGAAAAGUUUUCAACAACAAUAAUAUACGCUCUAAUUCAAGCAAACAUAUUCCAAACGUGUUUACGAGUGUUUCGACCUUCAAAAGUGGUGAUAAUAACGAACUUAUGAAAAGCAAACUGGGAGUCGAUUUUGGAGCGACUGAGCAGUUCGUCGGCGAUUUGUCGGUGAACGUGCCCCAACAGCGGGCCCCAAAAGCCAACACGAGGCGCGAAUCCGUCACACCGAAGAUUGUGGUGUGUCCUCCGAUGGAGGAAAUGAGUGAAACGAUACCGUCGCCACACCGCGGCACGCGGCUGCUGAAGGCCCUGGGCCGGCGGCUGUCGCGGCGCAGCACUGACUCCGUCGGCAGCUCCAGCAGUAGCGACAGUGGCUCCUGCGAGCCGAGCCGCGCCGACGAUCGCUCGUCCUGCUCCGCCAGCGACUCCGGCAGCGACGGCUCCGACCGCCACCGCCGGCACCGCUCCACGGUCUCACUGCGAAGAGUGUUCCAAAGUCUAAACCUGACGUCACGCUCACAGUCCUGUUCGCCUACAGACCGCCAGCGGCAACCCAAGAAGCAACAGCAGCCGAAACGAAUCCUGCGACCACCGGUCACGUAUACCUACGUGCGCGGCCUCUCCGGCCUACCCACACAGAGAGUACCACGACAUACCGUCUGCUGCGCCACGAUGGGCCUAAACCGAUAAAGGAACGUACUGUUCAGUUAUUCACAAUGAAUCGGACGAGGGCGAAGAACAAGACUGGUUAUGUUUAAAGAGUAGUGUGUAAAAUGCGCUAGAGAGACGAGUUCUCAUCAUAUCAGUAGAUAGUUGGCGAAAGGAGGGCGAGUAGCCGACGUAACGUUGUCUUCAAGGAGGACCAAGCCGCGCCGCUCGCGCUGCAAGAUGAGCUGUGACUUGUUUAGUUCUAUAUAAGGGACAAUAUAUAAGACUGUAAACCGAUUUGAAGUAGCUCUAUGAUUCAGGUAGCUACUGGUAGACACUUCGACUAAACUUUACUGGAAUCAUUCCUUAAAUCAAGUUGCACCUUUAGAACACCAAUUUUAUUAAUUUAGACUUAAAAUCUUUCAGUAUUAUUGUCACUCUAAUUCACUUUGAGGUAGUUUAAUAAUAAAACUAACAGUAUUGGAUUUAUCAAAUUAAAAUGUGUAACGUAACAUUUGGUAUCUACUGUGAAACAUUUCCUGUUAUUCAAGCAUAGUGCCUUUCCACGUUUUUGAAUGACUAAGUAGUCCUAGCGUGUAUGUAUACUACUAUAAUAAGAAUCUCGUACCUUAUAACUAAAUCACCUCUACCGCUGGUCUAGUUUUCACCAUACUUAUACUAACAUUACAUGUUAAGGUAUUAUAAAUCGUCAUCAUUUGCGGAGUCGAAUUUGAUAUUACUGUAAGGUGUCUAUGACUUAUUGUUCCGUAAUAUAAGCAGGUUGAUAUUGCUGUAUACCACGUAGAUAGACUAA